CUGUUCUAAUGGGUAUUUCAUUUCAUCUCUCCUGUUUCCUGUUUUACAAGGGUUUCGAGGUCCAAAUUCUCUGCAAAUAAACGGCAAAAAGGGCCCUGUGAUAUCGCAUCCGAUCUUUGAGAAAAUUUCUUGACUUUUAUUCUUAUUCCUUUUUCUCCACAUCGAUUCAUAUCUGUUUAUCCUCCUCGGUGUUUCAGACAAAGAAUUGGAGCUAGCUCUGUUUUUGUAUAUGAAGCUUCGUAGCUGAAUCACAGGAGAUUUUUCCGAAGAGGUGGUGAUGAUCUAAGGUUCUUUGUAGUUGUGGAGCUGGUUGUCUAUCGUUCUUUAGCAGGUUCUUGCUUCGGUUAGAAUUCGAGGCAUGGAUGCCGAUAUCUUACGGGUGGUGAAGCAAAACUGUUUGAGUUAUCGGGAGAUAUGUUGAUAUGCAUGGUUUGGAUGUGUAGUUGCUGAGCUCGACGAUUAAGUUUAGCUUUUCUUUAGGUGAAAAGUGCAGCGUUUGUGAUUUUGAAAGGUGGUGGUGCUGAGAUCUAGGGUUUGGAUUAUCGGGUUUGAUGUGUAUGAGAUAUAGAAUUUUGUUGUGAUGGAUAUGGAACUCGCUGGGGAUGUCGCUUCCCUCGACCCCGAAUUGUUACAGCUCCCAGAGGUGUCUCCUUUGGCGCUUAAAUCGAACCCUCACAUUGCUGAAGAGUUGUUCACACAGUGGCUUUCACUUCCAGACACCAGCCGACUGGUAAAAUCUUUGCUUGAUGAUGCAAAGGCAGGUGCUCUCACAAAUGUCCCUGGUAACUCUACUACAUCCAAUGCCGCUGUCAGCAAUUCAUUGCCUUCAAUGUUUCCUGCUGGCAGCGCACCUCCACUUUCACCAAGAAGCAUUUCUGGCUCUCCUCGUGUUAUGAAACAGAGAGCAGGUCCUUCUUCUUUAGGUUCUCCUCUAAAACUAGUCAGUGAACCUGUGAAGGAAGUCAUUCCUCAGUUUUACUUUCAAAAUGGGCGUCCUCCACCAAAUGAACUGAAAGAGCAGAUUUUGUCUAGAAUUGAUCAACUUUUCUAUGGUCACAUGGAUGGACUGCAAAGUCAUGAAUUUAAGGCAGUUACGAAAGAAAUCUGCAAGAUACCAUCAUUUUUCUCCACUGCUCUUUUCAGAAAGAUUGAUGCUAACUGCAUUGGAGUUGUGAAGAGGGAUGCGUUUGUUGAUUAUUGGGUCAGUACUAACAGGAUGACAAUGGAUAUAGCAACACAAAUAUUUACAAUUUUAAAGCAACCGGAUCGUAGAUACCUCACUCAGGAUGAUUUCAAACACGUUCUUCGAGAACUUUUGGCAACUCAUCCGGGGUUGGAAUUCUUACAAAGCACGCCUGAGUUUCAGGAAAGAUAUGCCGAAACUGUCAUAUACAGAAUCUUUUACUAUGUGAAUAGAUCAGGAAAUGGCCAUCUUACUCUCAGGGAGCUGAAACGUGGAAAUCUAAUUGCUGCAAUGCAACAUGCAGAUGAGGAAGAGGAUAUUAAUAAAGUUCUGAGGUACUUCUCAUACGAACACUUCUAUGUGAUUUAUUGCAAGUUUUGGGAGCUGGAUACAGAUCAUGAUUUCUUGAUUGACAAGGAGAAUCUUAUUAGAUAUGGUAACCAUGCUCUUACCUACAGGAUCGUUGAUCGAAUUUUCUCACAGAUUCCAAGAAAGUUCACAAGCAAGGUUGAGGGGAAAAUGGGGUAUGAAGAUUUUGUUUAUUUUAUGCUGUCAGAGGAGGAUAAAUCAUCUGAGCCUAGCCUUGAGUAUUGGUUCAAGUGUAUAGAUUUGGAUGGGAAUGGAGUUCUCACUCCCAAUGAAAUGCAGUUCUUUUAUGAGGAACAGUUGCAUCGGAUGGAAUGUAUGGCCCAAGAACCUGUGCUUUUUGAGGAUAUUUUGUGCCAAAUGGUCGACAUGAUUGGGCCAGAGAAUGAGAGUUAUUUUACAUUGCGUGACUUAAAGGGCUGCAAACUUUCUGGAAACGUUUUCAACAUCCUUUUCAAUCUUAAUAAGUUCAUGGCCUUUGAAACUCGUGAUCCAUUUCUUAUUCGUCAGGAACGUGAGGAUCCAACUUUGACAGAGUGGGACCGCUUUGCCCAUAGAGAAUAUAUAAGGCUUUCAAUGGAAGAAGAUGGUGAGGAUGCCUCCAAUGGAAGUGCAGAAGUUUGGGAUGAGUCGUCACUUGAAGCUCCUUUCUGAGUCCAACUAGUUACAUAAUAGAAAGCUCUGGAUGCUUUUACGUGAACCUGGGCCAUUGAAUGAAGAAACACUCGUGACAUGAGAAUCCUCUGAACAGACGACUUAACCGCUACAUCCACCCUUAUAGGCAGUAAAUUUUCUGCGUGGCCAUGUGAAAUAUGUCUCAGAUGUGCUUAUUUUUCUGGCAGGCAACAAUUUUGCCAUAAUGCAAAUGAAGUGAGCAGGCACUGUAGAGUGCCGCAGGGAUUGAGUUUGUUUGGAAAUGCCAGCUGCUUCCCUGGGGAAGGAGGGGUGGUUGCUUACAAGUGAUGUAAUCAUCGUCCAGGUACCUAUAAUGUUUCAGAAUAUUAUCAGUCAGGUUUACUUCUUCCUUCAUAAGGAAAUCUGUUCAAUUUAGUCUUGUUGCAUUUGUCCUUCCAACGUAUCCAUUGUGGUAAGUUUGAGCAGGCGUAGCUUCAUGGGUACAUGCUAUUUGGGCCCGAUGGUACAUUUUUGGUCCUUUGUCUGCUGGGUUUUUCUUCACCUUAGAUGUUAUCUUUCUUUACCGGGUAAACGGUGGAAGAAACCUUGGAUCUUUUGUUUUCAGAGAAUAUCUUGUUGAAAUGCUA